AUGCCCUCUAACGAUGGUGUGCGGGCUGUCGCUCGGUCCUUUCGGGUCCUCGUCAUCGGUGGCUCUUAUGGUGGUCUUGCUGCUGCAUUGAACUUAAGUGAUCUGGCUCGGGGUCGGGUAUGUCGUUUCGACUCUAAUCCCGAUGCUAAACCGCCUUCAUAUCGGAUUCCUCUUCACAUUACCGUUGUGGAUGAGCGAGAUGGUUACUUCCAUCUGAUUGGAUCGCCCAAAUCUCUCGCUUGUGAGAAAUUCGCCGCAGAGUCAUGGACGCGCUAUAAAGAUAUUCCCGCGCUCAAGUCCCCGGAUUUCAGCUUCAUUCAGGGGACAGUCAGCAAAGUAGACAGUGCGUCCAAGGUCGCUCAUAUUCUUGAUAUAGAAACAAAGGAAAAUCGGUCGGAAAAGUAUGAUUACCUGAUUGCGGCGUCGGGUCUGCGGAGGGUCUUCCCCGUUGCGCCCCAAUCUCUGCGUCGAGAGGAAUUUCUAAAGGAGGCAAAGACACAUGUGGAAAAUGUCCGCAAAGCGACUCAAGGAAUUGUGGUAGUUGGUGGAGGUGCGGUCGGGAUCGAGAUGGCAGCAGAGUUAAAGAUCCUCUUUCCAGAACAAAAGAUCACCCUCAUUCAUUCUCGGGGCCGGUUGCUGUCAUCUGAGGAUCUACCCGAUGACUUUGCUGAGCGUGCGCUUGCGAUCCUUCGCGAGGAGAACGUGGAGGUGAUCCUAGGACAGCGCGUCAUCGACACAACUGCUGUCAACUCAGGCAAAAAGCGUGAGUGGCUUUUGACUUUGGCGAAUGGCCAGCAGCUCACGACCGGGCUUGUUCUGAGCGCGGUCUCGCAACCAGUGCCUACAUCCACAUACCUGGAAUCAGAGGCACUGAAUGAGCAAGGUUUAAUCAAGAUCCACCCAUCGCUUCAGUUCUCGGGAAAUAUACCCAACGCAGAGCACCAUUUCGCGGUCGGCGACCUUGCGGCAUGGUCAGGCAUCAAGCGCUGUGGUGGAGCAAUGCAUAUGGGCCAGUAUGCCGCCAACAACAUCCACCAACACAUGUUGGCAGAAUGUACAGGCGAGAAGCCUAGAUUUAUGAACUUGACCCCCUUUCCAAACGUUAUUGGGUUGGCUCUUGGUAGGAAGUGUGCGACCUACAGCGCAGGCGAAGGCACCAAGGAUGGAGAGGAUCUCAUGGAUGUCAUGUUUGGGAAAGACAUGGCCAACAGCAUCUGUUGGAAUUAUAUGCGCCUCGGGGAUCCUCCUCAGGCAUGA